CCCAUGCUAUUCUCAUUUUUCAUUUCAUUCUCAUAUGGUUGCAAACUUAGAACAAAGUUUGAUAUUUUUGGUUAUUUAUUUUUAUUAAUCUUCUGCAAUGGUUUCACCGUUGGUCGUUAAUCCCUAGUCUGAGUUUCUCUCCUUGAUUCGGCACCGCUUUCACUUUCUCUCCGUGUUCCCAUUUCCGUCAUGCUAUUGCUAUGCUACUCUUCUUCGUAUUCCAAUCCUUUAACCCCUUUCUUCUUCCCAUUCAGGACCUGGUUUGUUUUCACAUACACAGGUUCCGUUAAAUGUGCUUAUAUCCUAGAUCUAUAUGACAAGAAUGCCAGGCUAUGCUGUCGAUGCUGAUGAACUAUGUACUUUUAUAAGUACAGAUCAACAACCUAGCUCUCUAGAUGCUUGUGCACAAUUAUCUGCAGAAGAGAAAGUUGUUGCAGAACAGAGUCUUUCAGUUUUUUGCAAGCCUGUAGAGUUCUACAACAUUCUUCAUCACCGUGCAACAAUAAGCUCACCACCUUUCCUGCCGAGAUGUUUCGAGUACAGGAUACAGGCCAGGGACAACAAUAGGAUACAAAUAACAGUUUUGCUGUCAUGGAGUGAUGAAGAAACUCAAAACAUGUUUCCUUUUUAUGUCAGUCUGGCAAGGCGUGAUCCUAAUAAUGAAGAUGCUGAUAACAAAAAGUAUUCUACUGUUUAUCUUCUCAGUCAGAUAGUCACCAUUCGAGGUUCAUCCGGCGUUGAUGGGAACAAUAUAAUCAAAGCAGAAUUUACGCUUUGUGAAGUUAAUAAGUUAGCUGCGGAAGCUAAUUCUGGCUCACUUUUUCUCUUGUUUUUUACCACUGAGGGAAACUCAGAUUCAUCAUCUAGAGUCAAUGCAAGCCUGGGGCCUUCAGAUCCGACAUCCCAUGAAUCAUUAGCUGAAAAGAAUUGCUUAUAUGGGAAAAUUUCUUUUCAAUCCAUUUACUUGGCUUGGAAAACUUCUCCAAAUUUCCGUUGGGGACAACGAGCCGAGAUUAAGACUACUCUUGAUCUGCUUCCAUGUGUUUUGAAGUAUGACUUUGUAAAUAAGGGUACGACCAUCACAAUCCAAGAUCUAUGGAAUUCUGAGAUUGAGAGUACAUCAAAGAGCGUUGAAAUAAAAAUCUUUGCUGAAGAGAUCGAGGCCAUAGAGAAAUCUCGCAACCGUAGAAUUGCAUUACCAUCAUCAUCAAGAUCAUUAACUCGUGUCAUUCGGUUGAAAGAAGGAAAUGUGACAUUUAAUUACAGGUAUUACAAUAACAAAUUACAGAGAACAGAAGUUUCUGAAAAUUUCUCCUGUCCAUUCUGUUUGAUUAAAUGGGGAAGCUAUAAGGGUCUAAGAUGUCACUUGCUCGCAUCACAUGAUCUUUUCAAAUUUGAAUUUUCGGCAUCGGAAGAUUGUCUGGCUGUUAAUGUGUCUCUGAAUUUUGACACAUGGAAAUUUGAGCUUGUUGGAGAUGGUGUUGAUCCAAAAUUGCAAACUUUUUUCCUUCAUGGCAAGCGAAUGACACACAUAAGUCCAGAAAAUGCAUGUUUUGAAGUGGUCCAGGAUGUAGACUCGCCGGCCUUAGCUAAUAAUGCAGACCCACCGGCCAUAGCUAAUAAUGAAGACCCACGGGUCUUAGCUAUGGAUGCAGACCCACUGGUCUUAGCUAUGGAUGCAGACCCGCCGGUCCUAGCUAAUGAUGCUGACCCGCCGUUUUUAGCAAUGGAUGCAGACCCGCCGGUGGUUGCAGACUCACCGGUCUUAGCUAUGGAUGCGGACUCACCAGUCUUAGCUAUGGAUGCGAACCCGCCGGUAUUAGCUAUGGAUGUGAACCCGCCGGUAUUAGCUAUGGAUGCGAACUCGCUGGUAUUAGCUAUGGAUGUGGACCCGCAGGUAUUAGCUAUGGAUGCGGACUCGCCGGUACUAGCUAUGGAUGCGGACCCGCCGGUAUUAGCUAUGGAUGCGGACCCCCCGGUAUUAGCUAUGGAUGCGGAUCCGGAUCCGCCAGUCUUAGCUACAGGUGCAGACCCGUCAGUCUUAGCCGUGGAUGCAGACCCACUUGUCUUAGCUGUGGAUGCAGACCCGCCGGUCUUAGCCGGGGAUGCAGACCUGCCUGUCUUAGCAGUGGAUGCGGACCCUCCUGUCUUAGCUGUGGAUGCGGACCCGCCUGUCCUAGGUGUGGAUGCAGACCCACCUUUCCUAGCUAUGGAUGCAGACCCAUCGGUCUUAGCUAUGGAUGCAAACCCACAAUUCUUAGAGUCUGAAACUCCUUUAGGAGAUAAUGGGUUUUUAAAGAAGAUUGAUGGAAAUUCAGCAACUAUAUCAGGGGAUGCUAAUGCAAGUAUUGUGCCCAAUCCCGAUCCAGACAGUGUCCCACUAAUAUCUAAGCAUGAUCACGGGACUCCUGCAGUGCUACGGAUUGGCAAUACAGGGAAGUUACCAGUUGAGCAUUUUGAUCCACAAAACAUAGCCCGGUUGAAGAAGCGGCAGUUUUAUCAUUCUCACAAAGCUCAGCCAAUGUCACUUGAAGAAGUUCUAUCAAAUUAUGAUAGUGAGGAUGAAGUUGAUGAUGAAGUUGCCGAUAUUGAAGAGCGGAGGAAGCUUGAUCUUCAUCCUUUGAGCAAAGAAGAGAAGCGAUUCAUGUUCAUGUGGAACUCAUUUAUUCGUAAGCAACGUGUGCGGGUAGAUUCUCACCUUCGUUGGGCAUGCAAGGCUUUCUCAGUAUUGCAUGGCUCUGAGAUUGUUAAAUCCCGCAAAUUAACUUGGUAUUGGACAAUGUUCAGGAUCAAAUUAUAUAAUUUGGGUCUUAUAGAUGGAAAAAUCAUCAAUGAUUGCAGUAAUAUUCUCGAACAACACGAGAAGCAUAAUUCAAAUCCUGAGAUCCCAGCAGCUAAUAUAAACUCCAUUCAUUUGUCCCCUCUUAAAAAUAAAAGAAAUAAGAAGAUAACACAGAAAAUGAUCUCUUUAUAAGGUGCAAAUUGCCCUCACAUUCUUGUGGAACCUCCUUGGAUUUAAAUUUAUACAUUUGUUGUACUAUUAUUGGAUUUAAAUUCAUUCUACAUAUCUUUUUCUGCGGCAUGGAGCUGAAAGAAACUCGGAAGCAACCAGAGUAUUAUGUUCUUGAUCCAUUUCUGUUGAAGUUUGAAACUUCAAUGUUCCAUACUUUUUGUUGACAGCAGAGUUAUAUGGAACUGGGUUGCCAGUAGUCCAAAAGGGAUCUGCAUGAAGUGCAAGUCUCUAUACAAAAGCUCAUAUUUAAUGAAUUAUGUUUACACAUUUUUUUUUGGGUUAUAGAAUAAGACACAUUGAUUGCGGUAUACUCAUUUAAUAAAAUUGUAGACAUACUCAUUUGGAUUGUUUAAAUAGAUGAUUUAUAUUAAUUUUCUUUAUGAAUUUUGUUUAUUUCA